CUCGGUUGGGUUCAUUUUCAAUUAUUGUUUGUGAGACCGGUAAAAUUAAAUAAUACAGUAGGAUUUGAGGAAAUGAAAAGAAUGAAAAAGGGCGGCCACGGCUAUGGAAGAAGAAAGGACAAUUCAUUUCCAAAAAUGGGGGAUCCAAGUCACCUCGAGAAAAUGGGCAGGGAGCUGAAAUGCCCCAUUUGCUUGAGUCUUUUGAACUCUGCCGUUUCGCUCACUUGCAACCAUGUAUUCUGCAAUGUCUGUAUUUUGAAAUCAAUGAAAUCGGGUUCCGAUUGUCCCGUCUGUAAAGUACCCUGCCGGCGUCGAGAGGUUCGUCCAGCCCCUCACAUGGAUAACUUGGUUAGCAUCUACAAAAGCAUGGAAGUUGCUUCAGAUUUCAAUAUAUUUGUCACUCAGGACGUGCCUCUGGACACUUCAGCAGAUUCCCGAAAGCGAGUUAAAAAUGAUCUCAAUUGUUGUGAAAGAGUGGAUAAUCGGGGAGCAAACAAAGGAAAAGGAUCAAGGGAGGCUAAAUCAACGGAAACUUCUGAUCCCAUUUCUGUGAAGCCUUCUUUUCCAACUAACAAAAGGGUUCAGGUGCCACAAUAUCCCCUUUCAGAAACACCCAUGCUGCCUGAAAAGAAUCGAGGUGAAUUGAUUGAAAUCAUCAAGGAUGAAUCUAAAAUGAGUUCAGAUAUUCUGAAGGAGAACAAUCUAGGAGAAAAGGGGGAACAAAUACUUUCGCCCUUUUUCUGGUUGAGGGAGGAGGAUGUAGAAAGGCCAAGUCAGCUUAGUGAUGGGGAUCAAUGUGUGUACGUAUCACCACCUGGACUUCCUUCUUUCAGUGAUAUGAAGGAUUCUGAUGAUGAAGGCUUUUCUAAGGAGGAGGUGCAUGGAAACCGCGACCAUCUGAAUCUUUUUGAUAAUGAAAUGUUUGAAUGGACACAGGGAGCUUGUUCUCCAGAACUUCUUUCAAGUCCUGUUAAAAUGCAGGUUGCAGACACCUAUGAACCUGCAUCACAGGGUGCAAAUACAGCUGAGCCCUCUAAUAAUGGCACAUGCAUGAUAACAGGACAUGAUGCUUCGGAGGAGAUGCUGCCUAAUAUAGAAUCUUUCAGAAUCCAGUGUGUUAGUAGUAAUAAGAUCAGGAGUUGUAAAUCCAAGGAGUUGGGUAAGAAACAGAGAAAGACUGCCCAAAAGAAUAUAGCUGACAGAACUAGCAGUCAUAUUUCUGGAGAUCAUGUCAAUUUGGGAAAAGGGUCUGAAGAUUUUAAUAAAAAACAAAAAGACGACUGUAGUAGUUCUUCAUAUUUGGCUAAGACUAGGAAAAAUUGUAAGGUGGCUGGUUUGGAUCACCAUGUAACUGAACCAAUGGCAUCACAUUUUUCUGCCAAAACUCCUAAACAGGAAGACACACCAUUGGCUGCCAUAGUGGGUAUGGGGAAAUGUGGUGAUGAAAAUGAGAAUUUGAGGAUGGUAAAACGUUGCAGGAAGAUCACUGCCCAGUGCGAAAAGAAAUCUUGUUCAAAGUUGAAGAAACAAAAGCUAAGUUUGGCUAAGGUUGAUACCCCUAAAGAAGUUUCAACCAUUUGUGAGCAGAAAAAUGAAUAUAUGAUUCAACAGAAGUCUUCACUUCCCGUUCCCUUAGCUCAUGACAAUGCUGCUGAGCAGUUCAGAAAAGGAUUGAGUAAACAUACUAGAGAAGUAAAGUUGGCUCCGACUUUGAAAAGUGAAAAAAACUCGGGUUGUAAGAAAAAGAUUAAAGUUUCUUUUAGUGAUGACAUGAAAAGUGGGUUGGCUGAAGACCAACAGCAGCGGGGAGGAAAUGCUAAUAUUUCUCUAGAGAGACUAAGUGAAAAGGUUCAUGGGAGAACCACUGUUGGAAUUUCAGAGAGCUCAACAGCAAAGAAGUUGCCUCCAGCUAAUGGAGUGGCACUGCAUAAAUGUGAGACCAUUACAAUUAAAAUACAAUGUGCUUUCUGUCUUUCUAUGGAAGAAACUGAGGCUUCUGGAGAGAUGGUUCAUUACUAUGAAGGCAGUUCUGUUCCUCUAGAUUACAAUGGUGGCUCUAAGGUCAUACAUUCACACAAGAACUGCACUGAAUGGGCCCCUAAUGUUUAUUUUGAAAAUGACAAGGCAAUCAACCUUGAGGCUGAACUCUCCAGAAGUCAAAAAAUAAAAUGCUCCUGUUGUGGACUCAAAGGUGCAGCAUUGGGCUGUUAUGAAAAAAGUUGUCGAAAGAGUUUCCAUGUUCCCUGUGCAAAACUAGUCUCACAAUGCCGGUGGGAUACUGAUAACUUUGUAAUUUUAUGUCCUCUCCAUGCCUCCUCUAAGUUGCCUAACGAAAAGUCAGAGUCCCAAGGAAUCCGAAAAAGAUGCAAUUUAAGAGGACAGUUGCCGAUACGCCACAAUGAAAUUCCUAUAAAUGAUGAAGUUAGUGUGCAGAAGAAAUGGAAUCCUUGUGAAUCACGCAACAAAUUGGUUCUCUGUUGCUCAGGUCUCACAGUUGAGGAAAAGGAAAUCAUGUCUGAAUUUGAGAAAUUAGCUGGUGUGACAGUGUUGAAGAGAUGGGAUUCAAAUAUUACCCAUAUCAUUGCAUCCACCGAUAAAAAUGGAGCAUGCAAAAGAACCCUUAAAAUUUUAAUGGGUAUCUUGGAGGGGAAGUGGAUACUGAAUAUAAAGUGGGUCAAAGCUUGCAUCAAAGCCAUGAAACUUGUUGAUGAGUUGCAAUAUGAAAUAACUAUUGAUGUUCAUGGAAUCAGGGAUGGUCCCCGACUUGGAAGGCUGAGACUCCAGAAUAAGCAACCAAAGCUUUUUGAUGGGUGUAAGUUCUAUAUAAUGGGGGAUUUUGAACCUUCCUAUAAGGGAGAUCUACAGGAUGUUUUAAUCGCAGCAGGAGGUACCAUUCUGCAUAGAAAACCCAUAUCAGGUGAUCCGGGAGCCCCAUUAUUGGGUUCCUCUGCAUUUCCAAUCUUCAUAAUUUAUAGCGUCGAGUUGCCUGUCAAGUGUGACCCCAGCAAGAAGCACAUGAUUUUAAGCCGCAGGCAAUUAAAUGCGGAAGCUCUGGCAAGUUCAACAGGAGCCAAAGCAGUAAGCAAUUCUUGGGUUUUGAGCUCCAUAUCUGCAUGCAAAUUGAGUCUUGGCGAAUAAUGAUACAGAUUAUAGAACGUCCCUUUCCUUGUAUGUCUAAGCAGUUCUAUAAUUUGUAUCUUAUGUUUAAAUAUGGCUUAUUCCAGCAAUAGGUUUUAUAUUUUAUCGAUAGCUUUGGCUGCAAGUAUGAUCACUUGUACCUGUUGGGCUAUUUUACGGACAGUUUACUCUUGUAUUGUGUAAGGCGCAGCAGGCAACUAAAGAAGCGGAAUUGUUUUCUGCGCAUCCAGUACGUGAACUUGAUUUUUUUUUUUUUUCACUUUUGUGUCUAAGUUUUUUUUUUUUAAUUUGGUAUUUAAAUGACUUUUUAA